AUGAUCAAAGUUGCUGAGAUGAAGGCUGAAACUCCGCUUCAUUUUGAGGACAACAUGAGAGAAGAGGAGAGGAGCAGACUGAACUGUGUAGACUUACCUCGGAGCAGUUUAACAGACGAGCAGACCACAGAUCUGCUGCAAUGCCAGGACGCCACUGACGACAGUUCUCCUUUCAAGUACAGAAGAUACGGGUCUCGUCUGAGUGGGGUCAAAGUUCGCCACAAGAGACAGGUGCUGCAAGACAUGGCCCGACCGUUGAAACAUUGGCUGUACAAACACCGUGACAACCCUUACCCAACCAAGACAGAGAAGGUCCUGCUGGCUCUGGGCUCACAGAUGACGCUAGUGCAGGUUUCGAACUGGUUUGCGAACGCCAGGCGGAGGCUGAAGAACACAGUGAGACAGCCAGAUUUGAGCUGGGCCCUGAGGAUCAAACUGUACAAUAAAUACAUCCAGGGAAACGCUGAGAGACUGAGCAUGUGCAGCAAUGACACUGACUCUGAUGAUGAAGAGUGUCCCUUACAAACUCCUAUCAGCCAAUCAGACUUUGGCAGAUCAUCUUCCCACAAGAGGCUGCCCGAGAAGAAGGGCAGCAUCCUCGCCAUGGCAGACUCCGCCAACAGCGACGACAGCGCGUCACAUCCAUCCAAGUACAAGAGCAGUUUACUGAACCGGUAUCUGAACGACACCCUGCGUCACAUGAUGGCGGCGAAGGCCGACGGCGUCACCUCGGCCCACAAGAGGAGGAGCCACUCCGAGUCCUUCAGUUCCAACGAGUGUGACCGAGAUGUCGUCUCUCCGGCGUCGUCCUACGAAACAGAGGCCAACUUUGUCUACCACAUGGGUAUGAGAUACACGGUGGACUAUGCUUCAACUAAAUGUGACAGGGAGCAGCAGCAGUGCCGAGGCCAGCAGAGAGGAGGCGAGCAGGGCUGGAGGGAGAUCCAUGCCGCCGUGGCUCUGACCAACUUGGCCCAGGGGCAGAGCUGCACAGCAGACCAGAGCAGCGUGUCAGUGCCCAGAGCUGGCACGGGGCAGAGCUGCACCAGAGGGCCUUUCUCGGUAACGAGGACCACAAUCAUGGACCGGAUUUGUGUCACAGGACCCACCGCCGCUCCGAGGCAGAGCUGCACCGCGAGGCCCACUCUCACCAGCCGCAUCAUCCAGAAGUCCUCUCACAUCUCGGAGGUCCAGACUGUCAACGUGGCCCUGGCAAACAGUGUGUAG